CGGCGGCUCCAGCAAUAUUUUGCCUCUAAGCUAAUUCAGAAAACAAUUGCAGCGGCUCUGUGCCUGUCCGCUUCGCUCAGUAUAGCGUUUCCAGGUGAUCUAGGAAACUGGGUGAUUCUUAUGAACAAAUAAGACAAACAGGAAUCAUGAUGGGGAUGUAUUUAACAGAUCAAAUACUGGAUAAAACUUAAGCCAGUUUCUUUUCCACUUAGUGAAAAGGUCACCUUGCCUGGCUGAGAAAAGAAGCAAAAUAACAGCUUGUUGGUGUCUGUGAACAUCUUAACGCAUGCUAGCCUCUUUUCCUUGAUGUCCCCACCGAUUUGAGAUACCUAGCUAGAGAGAGAGAGAGAGAGAAAGAGAGAGAGACAUACUGUACUCAUGGUAGAUGAAAAGGAAAAGAACAUGAAAUGUCUCACCUUCUUCUUGAUGCUUCCAGAGACGGUAAAGAACAGGUCCAAGAAAAGCCCGAAGAAAACAAAUACCACCAGCAGUAGCAGCAGCAGCGGCAGCGGCAGCGGCAGCAGCAAGUUGCCUCCAGUUUGCUAUGAAAUUAUUACCCUGAAGACUAAGAAGAAGAAGAAGAUGGCUGCUGAUAUAUUCCCUCGUAAAAAACCAGCCAGCGCCAGCACCACCACUGCCCAGCAGUACCACCAGCAGAAUCUCAGCAACAACAACCUGAUUCCAGCCCCAAACUGGCAGGGUCUGUACCCCACCAUUAGAGAAAGAAAUGCGGUGAUGUUCAAUAACGAUUUGAUGGCAGAUGUACAUUUUGUGGUUGGCCCACCAGGUGGGACUCAGCGGUUGCCAGGACACAAAUAUGUUUUAGCUGUUGGGAGCUCUGUGUUCCAUGCAAUGUUUUAUGGAGAACUGGCUGAGGACAAAGAUGAAAUCCGUAUACCAGAUGUCGAACCUGCUGCUUUUCUCGCUAUGCUGAAGUAUAUCUAUUGUGAUGAAAUUGACUUGGCUGCUGACACUGUGCUGGCCACCCUUUAUGCUGCCAAAAAGUACAUCGUCCCGCACCUGGCCAGAGCCUGUGUCAAUUUCCUGGAAACCAGCUUGAGCGCCAAGAACGCCUGUGUGCUCCUCUCGCAGAGCUGCCUGUUCGAGGAGCCGGACCUGACCCAGCGGUGCUGGGAGGUGAUCGACGCCCAAGCUGAGCUGGCCCUCAAGUCCGAGGGCUUCUGCGACAUUGACUUCCAGACGCUAGAAAGUAUCCUCCGCAGGGAAACUCUGAAUGCCAAAGAAAUCGUGGUCUUCGAGGCCGCCCUCAACUGGGCGGAAGUCGAAUGCCAACGACAAGAUCUAGCCCUGAGCAUCGAAAACAAACGGAAGGUCCUUGGGAAAGCGCUGUACUUGAUCCGAAUACCUACCAUGGCCCUGGAUGACUUUGCCAAUGGUGCUGCGCAGUCCGGAGUUUUAACCCUGAACGAGACCAACGACAUCUUCCUCUGGUACACUGCGGCCAAGAAGCCGGAGCUGCAGUUCGUGAGUAAAGCCCGCAAGGGCCUUGUCCCCCAGCGCUGCCACCGCUUCCAGUCCUGUGCCUAUCGCAGCAACCAGUGGCGCUAUCGGGGCCGCUGCGACAGCAUCCAGUUUGCAGUUGACAAAAGAGUGUUCAUCGCCGGCUUCGGCCUGUACGGCUCCAGCUGUGGCUCUGCCGAGUACAGUGCCAAGAUUGAACUCAAGCGCCAGGGCGUUGUCCUGGGGCAGAACUUGAGCAAAUACUUCUCAGAUGGCUCCAGCAAUACCUUCCCCGUGUGGUUUGAAUACCCGGUGCAGAUAGAGCCGGACACCUUCUAUACAGCCAGUGUGAUUCUCGAUGGCAACGAACUCAGCUACUUCGGCCAAGAAGGCAUGACCGAGGUGCAGUGUGGCAAAGUGACCGUGCAGUUCCAGUGCUCCUCAGACAGCACCAACGGCACUGGUGUCCAGGGCGGCCAGAUCCCCGAACUUAUCUUCUAUGCUUGAGAACUCAUUUCCCCGUGGUGGAAGCUGUUAGGAGGUGCAUCUCUGGUUCUGGCUUGCUUGAUGCUCAGCUCAUCUGCAGAUGUAUGCUCAGCGCAAGUGAUUUGCAGCCAAUGAAGCUGUCUGCAGUUUAUAAUUUCUUUCAACCUUCUAAUUGUAUACAGGCAAAAAUGCAGCAUUCCGCUUUUAAGUGUAUGCUUAAAAGAACCGAGCCCUUGCUUUUAAAGUGUAUGUGUACUAGAGACCUUUCAUGCCCUUCCAUCUGCCCUCUUGACCCCUGCCACUUUUGUGCUUUUUAAGAAAUGUUUGGAGUCAUCUCAUCUCCUUUUGGACUUUAUUUUGAUGAGUAGAAAAUAAAUAGCUUAAAAUAAUAAUGACAACAGUUGCUUUAACCAGAGCUCUGUACUCCGCCCUCAUUAAAGAAAAAAAAAAAAGGCAAACUUCAGUAUACAAUUUUAAAAGACAUUUUGUUUGAAUUUUAGAAAAUCGACAGUAGACAUAUUUGGCUUUUAUUUCAGUCCUUUUAGAUUCUUUUUUGGGGGGGCUUUGCUUUCUUUUGAAACCUUCAAGUUAUAAUGUUACAUAUUGAACCUUACAAAGUGUCAGGUUAAAGCCGAAGAAGGAAAAUAAGAAAGUGAGUAUUUCUCUUGGCCAUGACUUCUGUGUCAAGCAGAUUUACUUCCACUUAGUUUAGAACACUAAUUGUUGAAGCACAUAGACUACUUUUCUUUGAAGAAACUAAGUUGUGUAUAUAUCUUAAAAUUCUGCCAAUAGAAAAAUACUGCAGGCCUAUUAAGUUGAACUAAAAUAAUUUGGGGAGGGAGCCUGAAAAAUUCCAUCCACAAAUAGAUUGACUAAUGUCACAUUAAAACACACACAUUGAAAAAGCCUCUCUCUCCACUUAGCUUCCUAUCCCCACUAUUUGCUUGUUUGCCUCGAAAAUGGAAUUCCUAUUCUUCCCCAUUAAAAGAGGACCAAACAGACAAAUAGAAUAGCAUUUACUUUUGUAGUACUAUAUGUUUGUGGAAGACACUUUAUUCACAGAUUUUUUUUUUAGUCUAAAAUUGAUUGACCUAUUUUUGACUAUGUACUAUCUUAGUUAAUUAUAAUUGUCCUGGAUGCUAAAUUCUGGCCUUUGGCUACCGCCUUAAAGUGCCAAUAUAUGCCUGCAGGGUUGUAGGGAAAAUGGUCGGGAGUGACACUAAUUUAUACCUAAUAUUUAUUGCAUCAGCAUCACAUCCCACUCACCAAGACAAUUCUCUUUCAUUGAUGGCUUGUGAUGGUUCUGUGCCUGUAUCCCUGGCAGUGCCUAAGGUGCCCACUGCCAGCUGAAGUCUCCAUGUGUUUCUGGGCAGCAUUCCUGCUCCCUGUGAUCCUGAGAGCGCUUCCCCCACCACCCAGAGUGUGGUCCCUGGCCGCCUCCUUCUCCUGCCCUUCAAGCCUGAAACUGGCUUGUCUGGAGCCAGGGGUUAGUCCUGGGGUGUGUGUGUGUGCGUGCGCACCCAUGCGCACACAAGUGCGUUUUGUGGACUCAGGAAUUGUCUCCUCCCUGUCUGGUGAGUGAGAGGUGGGACAGAAAUGAUCCCCCGUGGCCCCAGCAAGUGACUAACCUUUCCUUGUUCACUGUGCUUCUGGACCACUUCUUCCCCUAUAGAUGUGGGCCCUGUGGCCAGCCAGCUUCCCCGAUGGAGGAGAACACUGGAUUAUGGGAAAUUUCCCUAAUCACCUUUGCCAUUACCUGACUCUGUACGCAUAGAUGAUCAGAAGCUGGUAAUUAUAGAUGAGGACUUCUUGGACAAGGUACCAAAAUAAUCAAUCAAUUAUUUCCUUUGAGGAAAAUUACAGAUAGUUUUGGCAAAGGAUGAAUGAAACAAAGGUACAUUUCCCAUUUCAGAAAAUACUUCUGUGAAAGGUUAUGCUUUUAAGUUGAGCAUUUCAGCAGCUUUUAUAGCUACCAUGCCGAUCAGGUAUAUUCUGACCAGAAGGCACUCAUUUUGAAGCCAGAGGAGAGGAUGCUUUAUUUAGCACUAAUUUCAUCGUUUGAGAUUCUUGAGGUGGUGUGAUAGCCUUAGAGUGACGAUCGUUCAUUCCUGUAACACUCCAGUCAGUGUUCCUGUUAACUCGCUGACCUCCGUGUGGUGAGGGACCUGCUAGGUGAAACCCCGGAUGAGAUCCUUAUGCUCUAGGCUGGGCCGAGAGCUUCAUGUUGUACUAAUUACUCUCAGCUAGAAACGAAAGAAGAAGGCCCCGCCGACAUCUGGUUGGUGCCAAAAGCUGUAGGUUAAAUUUGCAGAUUGUUUUUAAAUAAGAAAUUUUAUAUUUUAAACCCUAUCUUUGAUUUUGUAUUUUUGACAAAAUGGAAUGAAGGCUGGUCGGCUUGCUUUGUUUUCUUUGGUUAACUGAUUUUGUAGCUUUUACAACUAGAGGCUCUUAUUCUGACAAAGCAGGCCACUCUGAUCUAUAAGCGCAACUUUAUUAAGGAGGAUAUGCGGUAGAUUCUUUUCUCAGUGUAUCUGGCCUUCUUUGUCAUUGUUAAUACUGGGGACAAAGGGAAACUAGGUUAGCCGCUCUAAUGUAACAUUCUCUGAACAUACAAUAGUAUUUAAGUAAACGGUCAACUUUCUUAUAUAAUUAUUGCACUGAACUGUCUUUUGUUUGUUUUUUUCAGGUGUUUAAAUAAGCUCAGCUAAUUUCAGGACACUAGUCAUUUGUGCAUCAAGGUGCUUGAAUUUAGUAGCUUAUAACAUUAUUUAUGAAGGAAAAAUCUAAAUAUGAAGUACCUCAUGUUGAAUGUUCUUGUACUGUAUUUUUAAUGUAACAGUGCAGAUCUUGUUAGACAUAUGAAUGUGUAUAAUCCUGUUAAAUGCAAAUAAAAAUAAACCUGCUUCAUA